GCAUACUCAGCUCCUCCGCACCCUAAACAACACUGCUGCAGCAACAACAACAGCAACUUCUUCUUCCACACCACCAAACCAGCUCAUGUCAUUUCAAUUCAAACUCUCUCUUCUUCUCUCCCCAAUUAGGGUUUUCCCCAAUGCCUCCUAAUUCUAUUUCUCUCUGCAAUUUCCCAACUGUGCCAAUCCGUUCAUUUGUUGAGCGAAUUUGGUGCACUGUUGAGUUCUCCGCUUCGAUUCCGUACCAAUCGCUCACUAUUAUUUGACUUUCGGUUACUGUCAUGCCGCCUAGUCGUAGGAAGGCCGUGAAAAAGGCGGCGGCAGCAGCAGCCGCUGCAUGCCGGCAAUGGAAGGUUGGCGAUCUUGUGCUUGCCAAGGUUAAGGGAUUCCCUCCCUGGCCUGCAACGGUAAGUGAACCAGAGAAGUGGGGUUACACUGCUGAUUGGAAGAAAGUGCUUGUUUACUUCUUUGGUACCCAACAAAUAGCUUUCUGCAAUCCUGCUGAUGUGGAAGCAUUUACUGAAGAGAAGAAACAGUCUCUUGUCAAACGUCAAGGAAGGGGUGCUGAUUUUGUUCGUGCAGUAAAUGAGAUUAUUGAAAGUUAUGAAAAAUUAAAGAGAGAGAAUCAAGUUGAUGACACUAGCUCUCGGGGUGAAGUUGCUAUUGCAAAUGUGUCAAAUCCACUUGAUCCAUCUGUGAACAUAGGGUUAAAGGAUCAGAUGGAUGCUCCUUUGACAAUUCAUUCACAAAUGAAAUCUUCAAAUUCUAUGAUUGACAGACCUGAGCUAGUUUGUGCGGCUGAGGAGGACUCAACUGUUGCACAACCGAGGGAUGAAUCUUAUAAUGUAGAGGCUUCAUUGGAAGAACCUACUGGCAAUGCUAUUGCAACUGGGACUGUAAAAUCACCUUUUCUAGGAACCCAGAGCAAUGCACCAGUUCAUAGGUAUAGACACUCAUUACGGGUCCAAAACUUUGUUGUAUCUUGUAGUGAUGGUGGCAAUAGUGAUGGUAACAUAUCAACUGAUGCAAUUCAGAAUACGUCAAUAAGAAGGAGUAAACGUAUCAAGAAAUCACCUGACUUUUUUGGUUGUGAUGAUACUGAUUCAUCUGGCUUUGCCUCAAAUGGUAGCAUGGAGGACAAUGAUUCUGAAAUUAUUACAAUAAAUUCUGAUGCCUUUAGCUUAAGUGAGGGAAACACAAUAGAUUCUAAUUUAAAACUUGAACAGUCUGAGACUGUAAUCAACAAGAAGAAAAGAAAACCAAACAAGAAGAAGGAAACUAAUGAUGCUGGUGCUCAAAAUGCCAGUCAAAAUUUGCAGAAAAUGUGUGGAAAUUCAAAAGAGAGAUGCCUUGACCAAGAUGGAGAUGAACACUUGCCCCUGUUGAAACGAGCCAGAGUUAGAAUGGGUAAAUCAUCCGAAGUGGCAGAGCUCAGUGGCAUUGUACAUGUUCAGGAGAAAAGCGGCAAGGAAGAUAUUUUUGACUUGCCAAAGCAGAUAAUCACAUCUUCAAAUUGUGAAAAUGGUAGCCUUGCAGAAGGAGACUCAUCAGCAUUGAAUGGAGCUUUGGUUAAUGUUUCCCCUUCUAACUUAAUAGCUCGAUGUUCUGAAAAUGGGUCUUGGAUUUGUAAAAUUAAGAAAGAUGAAAUGUUUGGCUGCUCUGUAGAUGAUGAAGCUGCUUUACCCCCAUCCAAACGCAUCCAUCGUGCUUUAGAAGCCAUGUCUGCCAAUGUUGCUGAAGAAGGUCAAGCUUGUAUGGAAUCAUCAUGCUGUAUAUCUGCCAUCAAGAGUUGUCCUUGUAUAACUGUUAAUAAUGGAGGUAAUGGUUUAGAACUGCAAGAAUUGGAUUCUUGUGGGAUUGACUGUUCUCAUGUUAGUGUGUGUAGUUUUACAACUUGUUCAAAUCCACUUAUUCCAAUAGAGAACGAGUCAUCUACAGAAGUGGAUAAGCAGUUGGCCAAGUUCCAACGACAUGAAACUGGAAAGGAUGUCAUCUCAGGUGAAGAUCUUAGUGAUUCUAUUGUUUGUCAGCCUGCUAAAAUAGAUUCACAGAUUCAAUUCCAUGGAGAAAUUUCUCCUGAUCUUGAUGUGAAAUGUUGUCAAGUUGGAAGCAAUCAAGAUUCACCAAGUCCCUCAUUGCCACCAAAUGAUGAUGAUAAUAUCAGACCUGUGAACCAUUCAGAUGCAUCUGAUGAUACAUUAGAGCUUGGUGGAAUGAGUCUUGAUCCUGUGGCAUGUGCUUGUGAAAGUGAUAAAUUGUUACCUCAAAACAGUAUUAACAUGCCUCAGAAUGUGGAUGUCCGUGAGGAUAUGAUGCGAGCAGUUGGUGAUAGCAGCAAAAUUAAUGACACGCAUGAGGUUGUGAAAGAGGUAAAAUCUAAAGGACAAGAGGAGGAUAUGAAUUCUGUUUCAAUAUCAAAUGAUUAUUCAGGUGAAAAGGGUAAUUUGGGCAUUCUGUCAAGUCCAUCCUUGACUGAUGGCAGGGUUUGCCUUCCACAAGGUUCACCUCCAAAUACAUCAGUUUGCAAUAUUUCUACAUCAGACAGUAGUAAUAUCCUUCAAAAUGGAAGUUGUAGCCCUGAUGUACACCAGAAGAACGAUUUAUCUGCUCCUGUUGAUGGUUGGAAAGAUGCGAGUGGGACUGUGGCAAUUCACCAAUCAAGAUCUGUGGGCAAGUCAACUGAAGCCGGAGAUGCUGCUUUGUUGUACUUUGAAGCUAUGCUUGGAACAUUGACAAGGACAAAGGAAAGUAUUGGUCGAGCAACACGCAUUGCUAUUGACUGUGGAAAGUUUGGCAUUGCAACUAAGGUGGUGGAAAUUCUUGUCCACAAUCUGGAAACUGAGUCAAGCUUGCAGAGGAGGGUGGAUUUGUUUUUUCUUGUUGACUCUAUUGCUCAAUGCUCUCGAGGUCUGAAAGGAGACAUUGGUGGAGUAUAUCCAUCUGCUAUGACAGCUGUCCUACCACGCCUAUUGUCUGCUGCUGCUCCUCCUGGAAAUGCUGCAAAAGAAAAUCGUAGGCAGUGUCUUAAGGUUUUAAGGCUUUGGUUGGAGAGAAGAAUCCUACCUGAACCCGUUAUUAGACAUCACAUCCGGGAGUUAGACUUGUAUAGCAGUUCUGCUUCUGCAGGUGUCUUCUCACGUCGUUCAUUAAGAACAGAGAGGGCUUUUGAUGACCCUGUCAGAGAUAUGGAGGGUAUGCUGGUUGACGAAUAUGGAAGCAACUCAAGUUUUCAGCUACCUGGAUUUUGCAUGCCCCGAAUGCUUGAUGAUGAAGGGAGUGACUCUGAUGGAGGGAACUUUGAGGCUGUCACGCCUGAGCAUCAUUCUGAUACAUAUGAAGUGCAAGAAGCAGCACAUGCAAUUGAAAAACACAGGCAUGUGUUGGAAGAUGUUGAUGGCGAGCUUGAAAUGGAAGAUGUGGCUCCCUCUUUUGAUGUUGAAUUGAACUCGGUUUGUAAUGUUGAAAGAGGAAAUGCUACACAGUUUGAGAACAAUCUUCCUUCGGCCUUUGCUCCUCCUUUACCACAGGAUGUGACACUGUCAUGCCCACCUCCACCAUCUUCCCCUCCACCCCUGCCACCUCCUCCUCUACCUCUACCUCCACCCCCACCUCCUACAUUGCACCUCAUGUCAGCAACCUCUAAACAGUAUCAUGUUGCAGUGGAUUCAAAAAGUUUUACAGAUUCGCUGCCUGUGAAAGCCAAUGCACUUUAUCCUAUGGCUCAGCCCGUGGCUCUGCCAAGAAAUAGUGAACCUAUCAGCGAUGCAGUGCAAUAUACUGUCCAUGAAUGUAGAGAUAGGCAGAUGCAGAUGCCGGAAUCUACUUGUUCUUUCAACACUUACCCUGGACAACCACCUGACAAUUCUAGGAAUACUGAUGGUGUGACAAUGCAUAAUAAAGGUUACUCAUUACGGCCACCUCACUAUGUGCCAUCCCAUCAGUUUUCUUUUGUUCAUGGGGAACGUCGUAUGAUGUCUGAGAGGGAGGUCCCACCACCCCCUUCAUUUUCCAAUAGACACCACUUUGCACAGAACAUGACGAGAGAGAAUGUUUAUGACAAUCACGAGAGAUUAAAUCCACCUUCAUAUGAUUACCAAGAGAGAUGGGGUGUUCCUGCUCCUUAUUCUGGUCCUCGGUAUCAUGACAAAGGUGUGCCUGCCCCGUAUGGUUGUCAUCCAAGUGAAUCAAGUAGAUUACCAGGUCAUGGGUGGAGAUUUCCUCCCCAGUCAAUGAAUUACAGGGGCUCCAUGCCUUUUAGACCACACUUCGAAGAUCCAAUUCAUGUAGCUAACCGAGGCCCAAGCUUUUGGCAGCCAAGGUGAACUGAAAUAACCAAUAAAUGAAGGCUGGCAUACUCCGUUAAUCAGCAGGCCUCUAUAGUUAUCAUUCAACAAUCAGUAUCAUUGUUACUUAUAUUUCACCAAAUGAAUGUUAGAUACAACCCACUUUUUGGCGUGGGUCCUGUCAUCGUUUAGAAGAGGUGGUUUUUAUCCCAUCUUUCUGUACAUGCAAGAAAGAAUCAUUAGAGUUCCGCAGAAUCUGCACAGGAUAUGGUCAUAGUUUGCUAGAUUUGUAUAUAUCUAUAUAUAUUGCAGCCUCUUCUGCAGAAUGCAGAGCAGGAAGUCAUUGUAGAGUUGUUGAAGAACUGUAACUUAUCUCUAGGUUGUCAGCAAAUCAAAUUCUUUUGUUUCAGAUUAUAUAAUUUAUUUCAUGGAAGCCCUUGUAGAUUUUAGACAAAAAUACAUAAAACAAUUUUCAGUGCGGUUUCUUGAAAUUGUUUUUCCUAGUACACCGAAAACUUUACCUCAGGUAACUCUUAGCUGAGUUACUUGUGUUCCUCCCCCCCCCCCCAAUACAGCAUUGAGUUCAGUGCAGCCUGUAAUUUGGUGGUUGACAUGUGACAAUAAAACGUUGCCCUACAUAAAAACGCGUGGGGCAUUUGUAGCCACUUCGUGGUUGGUUAGAAUUUAUUGAGGUAGUUGGUGUGUUUAUCCC